AAGAUUGGACACCCUGAAAUUACAGUGAAUUCUCUUAAGAACAAGCGUAAAGGUCAGGGUAAAGCAGCAUCAAAUAUCAAAAAGCCAAGAAAAGCUGAGGUAAACUUCCUUCCUUGCCUCCCAAAAGGAGAAACAGCAGAGAGCAUGGAGAAGGAAAGGAUUGCCCUCUUAACAGAAGUGAAAAAGAAAAGUAAUGAAGCAGUCAUUAAGGAAAAAAUGCAGUUGACCUUCUCCUAUAGGCGACAAGAAUUGGUUGAGGACAUGCCAAUGAUUUCUGAUUUACAAAGCAGGUGGCCGGCAUUGUUCACAGUAAAUGAGAUAAACGCUGAAUUCAUGCGGAUAACAACAGUGCCACUCCUGACCAAGUUCUUUGGGCAGCUGGAUAGAUACACCGCAAACCUGCAUAAGGUUUUCAAAAGCAAAGGAGGUGCUUCUGGACAGAAGAUUUCUUGCAUAAUGGCAAUUGCUGACAAGCGUGAUGACAUACACCUCAAACGAGACUGUGUCAUAAAGAGUCUGUGUGUUUAUCUCAAUGAGGACAUCACAACACUCGUGAAAGAAUUCAUGGACUGCAACCCUGUAGAAGCUGAGAGAGGAAUUUCUGAGACUACUCUCGGGAUUUAUGCUAUCCGUGGAGAAGGUGCUGGUUCUGAGGAGAAUCUACAGGAUGUUGGUGUAGUGGUAGAAGGUGUGAUGCUGCUUCAACGCUUGAAGAGUAUUUCUUUUGCAGUAGUGAUCCUGUUCGGACUGAUCUACGCUCUCAACUUAAGCUACCCUCAGAGCCUCAAAUUCACGUUUGAAUUCUUCCAGAAGGUACUGAUGAAUUUGGAUGGCAACAAGCUUUCCCCAAAAGUUCAAGCUCUUAAAAUCAAAAUAUUUCAGUGAAAAGGGCAUUUCGGCUUGUUUGGAUUUUUCCAACAUCUAUAAGGACAUUUGAAAACUUGUGAACUUUUGGAUUUGUUCUACAAACUGAUGACGAUGAUGCACCUGAUGCCCCUUCCUGUAGCUCUGAUACUCUUGACACAAAAGUUGUUAGCUCUUGUGCUAUUGAGCCAGUUUGGAAAUACAAGCACCGAUACUGUUGUAGUUAUGUCUCCUAAGUAAAAAUGUUGUUCGAUUCCUGUGUUCAUAUGAAGCUCCAGAUUUCACUUUGGAGUGUUGAAACCGAGUUCAGUAACUCUGGAAUGCUGCUAAUGACAGAAAUGCAAGAUACAUGCACCUUUUAAAGCACCUUCCUGUACCUCUUGUUAAUCUAGAAACAAAAGUGGUUAGCUCUUGUGCUAUUGAGGCACAUCAGAAAUCUAAGGACUUGUUUUG